CAUCCUAACAGUUAGGAUUUUUCUCAGACUUUUAUUUUGUCUCAUGGACAGUCUGUAUAUAACAACAUGCCAUGAUGAUAAUUAAAUCAAUUAAAGCAUUAAUAAUUGCAGAUUUAUCCAGAAAACAUAAACAAACGCUGAAUCUACACUGCAAUACACUAUAUAUUUGUGUAUAAGUUUUAGUGUUGAAUCGCUAAACUACUGGAUAAAAUGAAAGAAGUUAAUUAAUGUUAUGUAGCAAAACAGCGCCGCACUCAAACCCUUGCGCAUGCGCACUUCAUUAAAAAACCCCAAACAAGCCAGUCAUGCUGAAGUGAGAGCUCCUGCAGUGCUGCAUUUCUGUCCGGGACUCUGAAUAAAACACUCAGCUUCCACCAUGAGCACUGCAGCUCCCACUCCUCCUGUGCGAGUCUGUGUGCUCCUCACUUUAUUCCUCUCAUGCUGGGUGAAUUGCUCAGGAGGAAAGCGUGUGUUUAAAUGUCCUUCAGGCUGCACCUGCACCACUGAGACCAUCAUCUGCGUCGGAUCAUCCUUCAUCCCCCGGACUGUCCCUGCUGACAUCAGCUCUCUGAGCAUUGUUAAUGGCACUUUCCCAGAAAUCAGAGAAGCUACAUUUGCCCUGAUGCCAUCCCUGCACUUGCUGCUCCUUAAUUCCAACUCCAUCUCCUGCAUAAAGGACGACGCCUUCUCCGGCCUUCCUCGCCUCGAGUACCUAUUCAUCGAGGGGAACAAGAUCGAGGAGAUAAGCAAACACGCCUUCAGAGGACUUCGAGACGUCACACAUCUGUCUUUAGCGAACAACAAUAUGAAAAGUUUACCCAAAGGCCUGUUCUCUGACCUGCACUCUCUCAUAGAGCUAGAUUUGAGAGGAAACCAGUUUCAGUGUGACUGCCAGUCCAUGUGGCUGAUGUUGUGGCUGAAGAAGACGAAUGCGACGGUUUCAGAUGUUUACUGUGCAGAACCGGAGAAGAUGAAGGGCGUCCUGCUGAAGGACUUCCCUGAGAAGCACGCCAAGUGUGUCUCCACUGAUUUUAUUCCUCAUCAGACCAUAAACACUCAGUCCAUGUCAGCGGACAUUUUCUCCUACAAAGAAGACGUGUAUGUUGCUCUGGCCGUGCCGAACUCGGACAGCUGUCUCAUCAUGGAGUGGGAUCACAUCGAAACCCACUUCAGGCCUUUCGAUAAUAUCACAGGGCGGUCCGUGAUUGGCUGCAGGUCGGUGUUGAUUAACGAGCAGGCGUUCGUGAUCGUCGCUCAGCUCUUCGAUGGCUCUCGAAUCUACAAAUUCGACCAGGAGCAGAACCAGUUCACCAAAUUCCAAACAGUCGAAAUGCUUAACGUGUCCAAGCCGAACGACAUCGAGGUGUUCCGACUCGGGGACGAGUGGUUCUUCUUGAUCGUGGACAGCUCCAAAGCAGGCAUGUCCACCCUGUUCAAGUGGAACAACACCGGCUUCUUCCCGUAUCAGUUCCUCCACGAGUGGUUCCGCGACACGGAUGCGGAGUUCGUCGACCUGGAUGGGAAGUCCGUGCUCAUCCUGGCGAGCCGUUCUCAGGUCCCCGUCAUCUACCAGUGGAACAAGAGCACCCAGACGUUUGUUCUCUUUGAGGACAUACCCAACAUGGAUGACAUGGUGAGCGUGAAGGCCUUCAGGAUCGACCGCGUCCUCUAUCUGGCUCUGGCCUGCUACAUUGGAGACUCGAAGGUCCUCAAGUGGACGGGGAAGCGCUUUGAGGAAGUUCAGGGCUUCCCGUCGCGUGGUGCGAUGGUCCUCCAGCCGUUUAGCUUCAGAGAUCAGCACUAUCUCAUCCUGAGCAGCGAUUAUUCCUUCUCUCAGAUCUUUAGAUGGGACAAGGAGAAGCAGAUCUUCCUCAAAUUCAGGGAGGUGUACGUUCAGUGGCCUCGUUCUUUUACUCCGUUAUCGACGGGUCAGCGUGAUUUUCUCCUCGCCACCAGUUUUAAGGGGAAAACGAAGGUUUUUGAACACGUCUCAGUCGAUUACAGCUGAUGAGACUAAGAGCGCUGUGGUCUUACUUAGAGCUGGGCGAUAAUCAAGUUUUACUGAUACCAACAUUUCAUUUGUUUCAUUGACGUUAUUAUUAUUUUUCUAAAUUCAGCAUUGUUGAUUGUUUCACUGCACCACUGCUAACAUUUAACUUUCUUUGAGCACAGGUUUAAUCCUGCUCUCAGCCAAUCAGGGCACACCUUGGGGCAGAAAUGAUUGUGAUUGGACGUGAAGUGACUUCAGUUAAAUAAAUAUACACUGUGAGUCUGGUUUAGCGCCAGUUUUAGAAGUAAACUACGGCUGACUGAGCCGUCUGUUGCUGUUUAAAGAAUAGUUUACAUCAUUUGUUAUGUAAUGUUUAAUAUAAUAUAGUUUAUUUUUAUGUGAAAAGAAAUUUUUAAUAAUAUUCCUUUACAGUUACAGUCCUCUAGGUUAAACUAUAAUACGUGAACCAACUUGAGGUGUGUGUGCGGGACUCGUUUUUAAAUCCUAUUCCCACAGAAGGUCUGGCCAAUCCCAUCUGCCCACAGUAUUUUCUAGCAUACUGAGUUGUUUUAUUUCUACAGAGCUGCUGAGGUGACUAGUGAUACCAAGAUACCAAAGUCGUGGCCACAAAUUGUUUAACUUGAGUCCAUUUAAGACCCAAUGACUUUACUGGAGUGGCUGUCUACAGUGGAGCAAAACAAAUCCACAUCCAUUAAAAAGGCUAUAAUGUGGCGUCUCUUCCACAAUCUGUGUAUGGCCUGAGUAAACACGAUCCCCAUCACACAUAGAAGGCACACAGCUAUGCAAUCUAGCAAGCUGUAAAAAAGUCAUACCUCUUACCCAAGUACGCUAGUGGUAGAAAUUCAACAUCACUAGCUAGCCAUAGCUAAUAACAGUCUGAGGAAAUCCAGUGUUAUGCCUCCCAAUAAUGAAUAUGAUUAAUGUAAAAAAAAAAUAAAUAAAAAAUAGCUAUGACCAUGCUUAAUAUGUGGUCUCCAGUUAAUUACUUAAUGGGAAUGGGUGAAAAAUUGCUUAAAAUGGUACAGGCUAAUGGUAUAUCCAUGUAGCAUUAUUCCAAGAUUAAAAGUAAAGUGUAAUAUUAUCAAAUCAUCUCCACUCUUAGAUUCCUGUGGUAUAAAAAAGAAACCCUGAUUUCUCUGAUUUUCUCACUCAUUUUAAAAUACAGUAUUUCAUGGCCUCGAGAGAGAUCUUGAGAAACUUAACUCGUGACUCGUGAAAUAUUAUCUCAUGGCCACACUUCAUUAAAAUAAAUACCACCAUAAAUGUCACCUCAGCGGCUCCUCAAAAUAUGACCAAAUUAGUCAUUUAAACCACAGAGACUCUGGCUAAAGGUUAAAGCAUUUACUGAAGAUGAAUAAACGAACGCAUGGCUGUUCUUUGUUCUGCAAGUUUCCCACAACUUUUUUUGUCCUAACAGAUCUCGGUCCUGAUGCACACCUCUGGUACCAACAUAGUGACAUGCGAUUGUAUCUUAUAAUCCUAGUUUAGUAUUUUUUUUCGGAGAGUAUACAUGAGCAAGAUGUUUAGCAAAAAAAAAAAGUUAUUGUAUUUAGCAAAAAUUUCUUUUCAUAUCGCCCAGCUCUAGUCUUACGGUAAUACAAUGUCAAGACUAAUGUAAAUUGAAUCUUUCCCUUUUGAAGAUGUAUGCAUAAUAACCCUGUCUAAAUAAUAAUAAUAAUAAUAAUAAUAAUAAUAAUUUGGCCUUUGCGCUUUGCCUGGAAGAGGCGUAACCAUGGUGCAUGUCCGUAUUUCCCAGUAUGCAACGGUUUUACAUUUACUGUUAUAUUACAAAUCAAUUAGAGUGACAUGGAUUCCCAAAAGCAUCAAACUUACAGCGUGUUUAAUAUUUAAUCCUACUUCCAUACUUCUGGGGAAUCCGAGUCUUGCUGCUUAUCAUCUCCGAGCUUUUCACGUUCUGUGUUUUUGGUCUAACGGACUGUUACUUGCCGAGAGGAGCAAUAACUUUACGCUGAUUUAACGCUAUGCAAGUAGAUGUAGAGACGCUGACCAAAGAUAGACUAACACUGAGCGCUAGCAAUACUUCCUGUAGAGAAUGAACGCCUUGUUUAUUAAUGCUGCAUCCUCUUUAUGGCUUCUGUAAAAAAGAAAAGCGCUUUGGUUGGUUCAAAGCUGCCGUGUGCAUCAACUGUGUAUAUAUAAAGAAGAAAAUAAACACUGUUGUGUA